AGAUCCUAACAUUUUACCACAAAAAAUUUAAAAAACGUUUACUUCUUUAUCAAAAUUAUACAUUUUUUACAAAUAGUAAUAUUUUGUUAAUUUGAAAGUAUGUUUGACAAAAAGUUGUUAAAUGCUUUUGCUCAAAUAUCCUAUAGAAAUUUUAUUCAAAUAUUGAAAGAUAUGCCUGGACCUAAAGAUUUAGUUGUUGAACAUAGACUUUUUAAACCACUUGAAAUGUUCAUUGAUAUGAAGAGUUUAAGGUAUGAUUGAAUAUAUUGAAAUUAUAAAAAAUUAUUCAUUAAAUUUGUUUAUUAAAUUAUAGGCUUUAUGGAGUGGACAAAGUAUAUAAACUACAAGAAUCAAUUAACCCAAUUACUAAUCGACAGUGUAUUUUUUUGGUAUCUUCUAAUUUAGCUGCAACAAAAAUUAUUUGUGAUCUUAUUAACUCACAUCUUAGUAUGUCAAACUUAGCUGAAAAUAUUAUAAAAAUAAUACUUGUUCCUAGAUCAUUAAUUACCAUUGAAAAACAAUUUGAAGAAGAAGGUAUCUAUGGAUAUAUUCAAAUAUAUGAAUUUCAGUGGGAUUUUAUUAAUUUAGGAGACUCAUUUCUAUCAUUGGAAAUAAUAGAUUUUUACAAAAAUGUAUUUGUUGAAGAAAAUCAGUCAUUAUUAUUACCUGUAGCUAAAGCUUUAUGGACUGCUUUUAUGGUUUUAGGAUUUCCUAAGACUGUAUGUGUUAAUGGAAAAUCCUCUACUGCUGUUUAUAAAUUAUUAAAUAAGUGUUUUAAAGAUAAAGGAAAGCCUAAAAUUAGUAGUAAAUCUUGUUUUUGUAUUUUUGAUAGAGACUUUGAUUAUGCAAGUGUUUUGUUAACCCCUUCUACUUAUUCUAGUCUUUUAGAUCAAGUAGUUGGUAUUCAAAAUGGUAUAGUAGAGAUAAAAAAAAGUGAUGGAACUACAUCUAUAAAAAACUUAUGUAACCAUGAUGAAACAUAUGAAUAUGUAAAAUAUAAACAGUUUGGUGAUGUAUUGAAUUACUGGAAAUCUAAAUCGAUAGAAUUGCAAGAUAAAUUAGAAAAAAGUAAGAAAUUACAGCUAGAUGAAAUGAAAAAAUAUGUUACUCAAGAAUUACAGAGUGUCUUAAUGGCUAAAAAAAAUCUUUCAUUUCAUAUAGAGGCAUCUGAAGUUGUAUCAAAUGUAAUAGGUGAUAAAUUUAUCGAGUACACUACACUAGAAAAAAAUAUGUUGGAAAACCGAAGUCGUAAAGAAAAUUUAAACUGUAUAGAAGAUUUAAUGGCCUUUGGAAAAGGUAGUGCUAAUAAUAUAUUGCAACUUAUAUGUUUAUUUUCAUUAACCCAAGAUGGUUUUACAUCAAUUGAAUUAAAUAAUAUGAAAACUAAAUUUUUACACCAAUUUGGAUUUAAUUAUUUUGAAACAUUUCAUGUAUUAGAAAAAAUGAAUUUAAUAAUAAAACAAGAUAACAGUUCAGUUUUACAUAGUAAUUUAAAUAAAAUUAUGUCUAUUAAUAAAACUAAGCAAAUGAUGCAAAACGUGAUGCAAAAGUUAAGACUUGUAGAUGAUAGUGAGCACUGUAUGAGUGCUGCAUUUGGCGGAUCAUAUGUUCCUGCUAUUGGUAAACUAAUUGAGAUAAUGUGUAAAGAAGAAAUGCCAGAAGAAGAAAUUGCUAAAUUAUUAUCUAAUUAUUCAUUCCAAGUUUAUGACUUCAAUGCAGGUAUUAAAAUAGUUUAUGUUAUGGUAAUUGGUGGUAUAACAUAUGCCGAACAGGCUGCCCUUCACUUUUUAGAAAAAUCAAUGAAUAUAAAAGUUAUUAUUUUUAGUACAAAUAUAUUAAAUGGAAAUAUUUUAAUAAAUUCAUGUUUAUAGUUUUAACUAGGGCUGAUAUCACUUUUUAUCAAUAUCCAAUAUUCUAUUAUAUAAAAUCAAAAACCAUGAGUAAAUAUUUAAAUUAACCGAUAAAUUAGUUAAAAACCAUUUUUUUCAUAUUCCAGUCAUAGAAAUUUUUCACUAAAACUAUCAGUUUUAAAAAGAAAAAAAAAUUAUGAAGUAUUGAUUUAUAGAUCGGCUUACACCUAGAUUUAACAGACGAUCAAAUAUUUUCUAUCCUAUGACUUAUUAUUUUUAAUUUUAUUACAUUACCUAAUUGUAUUAUUUCGUUUCAAACUGGCACAUUUUUAAAAUAGGUAUACUCUAUUACAUAAAAAUUGUAUAUACUUAAUUUAUUUUAUUUUUAUUUUUAAAACAUAUAACAUUAUAACUAUUAAUGUUCAAUGAAAUAAAAUUUGAGGCUGUUAGUAAUUUUGUUAUGUCACUGAUGUACAUUAUACCUAUUUCAUCAAAAUCAAACUUAAAGUUCUAAAUUCAGUAACCAAUAAAGAUAUAUACUUAUCAGUAACUGCAAGUCGGCAAUAAAAAAAAGAUAUUUAUUCUUAAUUAAUUGCCUCAUUAAUAGUACAAUAAAGUUUAUAAAUUAUAAUUUUUUUUUUUUCAUUAUUUUAUGUAUAAAUUAUAAUAUAAUAAUUAGGGCGUGGAUUUGUAUGUAAAUUUAGAAUAUGUUCACAUAUUUUAAAAUAUUUAAAAUAUUCAUAUGUAGGUUAAAUUUAAUAAAUAUAUAUGGUGACAAUAAUCAUUAUUAGAAAUAUUUUUGUGUGUAAAAAUGAAAACAUUUCAAUGGAUAUUGAAUUUAUACCAUCUGCAUAUAUAAAGGUUAAAAUAUUCCCCAUUAUUCUCAGUUGACAUUGAAUGUUCCUUCAGCACCUAUAAAUCAAUUUUCAAAAUUUAACCGCCAAUCAUUUAA